UUAUGCCCUGGCGCUCAAAGGACUGAGAGAACGUCAAUCUUUGUUGCGUCAGAGCAAAUUAUUCGAAUGCGAUUGUUCCCGCUGCUCAGAUCCGACGGAAUGCUCAACUUAUUUAUCAGCCCAGCGCUGCCAGAAAUGCCCCACGGGCUUCGUGCUGCCCAUCCGCCCGCUGGAUGAGAAAGAAAUGGAAUGGAAAUGCAAUUUGUGCUCGCACAAAUUGACGGCCGUCGUCGUCAACCGAGUGGUCGACAAACUCAAAGAAGAAUUCGAAACCAUCGGACCCAACGAAGUGGAAAAGUUCGAAAGAUUCCUAAAACGACACGCCUCACUUGUCCAUCCCAAUCACUUCCUGUUCACGAGCGCCCGGCAGUCACUGAGCCAAUUGUACGGACGGAAUGAAAAGUAUUUGCUCAACACUUUGACGAUGGAACAGCUCGAACGUAAAGUUGCCAUCUGCCGGCAGUUACUGGAUGUGGCGGAUGUCGUCGAGCCCGGCCUGACACGAAUCAGAGGUGUGACACUGUACGAGAUGCACGCUCUAAUGUUGCUGAUGGCCAGACGGACGUUCGAGGCCAGUCAAAUCAGUUCGGCGGAAUUCAAAGAGAAGAUUGAAUCUGUACGUUCGAUAUUGUCGGCAGCCACUAGAAUCCUGUCGCUAGAAGAUCCUGCCUCGACGGAAGGGGCCAUGGGUAGUGCGACCGUUCAAGCCCUGGAUCAAAUCCAGCGAUGGAUCUCGUCCAUGUGA